AUGCACGCCCAACGCAUCGGCCGCUUCAGCAUUUGCAACGCGAUGAAAGCGCAUGGAACAAUGGGGGUGGCGAUGGUGGCGGCACUCAUGCAGAUCGCCGCAGGCCAAUCGUGCAGCUUAACCAAAUCCGUGCUCACUCAAAAGUGUGGCCAUGUCUUCGUUUCCCCCAACAUCACGAGGAUAUGCCCGUUUGAGCCAGCGAAAUGCGCGCCAAUGGUUACUGGCGAAUGUCUUGCAAGCGAUGGACAAGAGGCUUACCAGGAGCUCGCGAUAAAGUGUCCGUACGACGAGUCCAAGUGCCUCGAUGCGACUCCAUCAACGUUCGAGAAUGUUUUUGCAGAGGUCGAUGGCAUUGGCCGCGGCGACGGAGACCUUGCUUCCGACACGGCAAGUUUGAACGAAGUGGGGAAGCUGUGCUAUAACGAAUCAGGGAAGAGUACGGGGUUCGUCGUCCUCGAUCGAACGCCGCGAUAUUGUGUGUACACCCCCGACGCGUGCAAGGCCAUUCCUUUCACGAAUGCCGUCAAGUCGGUCCAAGUGCUGCUUGACCUCGACCGCUUCAAAGAAGACGUGAACAUGGCAUCGUUCAACAUCUCGGACCUCGGUGACGACUUUACCGUCGAUGCAUUCAACGCGACGACGAAAGCAAAGACUUUGUCACUCAAGUCAAAUGCCCUCGACGACAUCAGUCACACCAAAUUUCCGAUCGACAUGGUGUUCUUGGACGUGUCGAAUAACUUGCUGACAUCGCUGGACAAGUUGUCCAACAACGCCCCGGCGCUCCAGACUUUGGUGGCCAUGUCAAAUUCGAUAGCAGACUUGAACGCGACGUGGCUCCCCGACACCUUGUCUCAACUGUCGCUCCAGUCGAAUCGCUUUAAAAGGUUCAACGGGUCGGCGCUCCCGUUGGCCUUGAUGUCUUUGUACCUGAACGACAACCGCCUGACCUCGCUCGAUGGCGUGUUGCCACCGACCGUCUCGCUCUUGGCGAUGGCUGGCAACAGCUUGACGACGUUCAAUGGAAGCUUUCUCCAUCCCAACCAAACCGCAGCGAUCGCGCUGCACGUCCAGAACAACCAAAUCAAGACGUUGGCUGGACCAUUUCCAUCCUCUCUCCAAACCUUAAAUAUGGCGGCCAACAACUUGACGGUCUUCCCCGACGUGUGGAGCGAUACCUCGAUCAAUUCGUUGUCCCUUGCCGAGAACGCGAUUGUGUGGGCCACAGAGUCUGUGGUGUUUCCUCGAAACCUGACAAUGCUGAACAUGUCUGGCACAGUCAUGCACGGGAACGUGCUGAAUGCAUCCAACCUUCCAUCGUCCCUCGUGUCGUUGGACGUGUCGAAUUGCCAGAUCGGUCGCAUCGAAGGAGAGUUUCCUCCGUCGAUAAAGACCCUUCGACUGGGUCACAACCCCCUUGGAAAUGCUACGUGGACCAUGUCAUCGCGAAUGUUGCAAUUCUUGUCGGGCCUGACGGAUCUGUCCCUUCCAUCACCACCGGAAAACUUUUCUUGCCCGGCUCUCGCGACUAAAAAGAUUAACGCGACGUACAGCGUUUGCGUCAAAGAGCUCAUGGAAAUCGCGACUGCCGCGCCGGAUGCGCGGAAGGAAGACAGAGGGAACCAUGGGGUGAUGGUAGCCCUUCUCGUUGGAGGGCUCGUCUUGGCCGUGUUGCUCGUCGUUGGCUAUGCAUUGUCUCGACGCGGCUUCUUUUCUCGUUUUUCGAGCAGCGAACGAUUCUCGAUUGAAACUGCGAAAGCGCCUCAGCUCGAGAACUUUACAACAGUGGCGGGGACCACGCUGCUUCAUUGUGGGGAUAUGAUCGACGACGUUGCUCUUGAGCGCAUUUCGUUGGGCGACGACCUGAUUCAGUUUCGCAUUCCAUUGCCCGAAAUCAAGAUCCUCCGACCGCUCGUGUCGAAGGCGACGCAGUCCCCGAACAACAAAGUGGUCGUGUACACCGCCAAAUUCAACGACGCAGUCGUCGUGCUCAAGACUCUCACAACCGACGGCACGUCGAUUUCCCCUGAGGCCGAAGCGUUCGUCCAAACUAUUCGCCUCCACUCGACGUUGAACCAUCCAAAGCUCGUCGCGUUUCUCGGCGUCGUAUGGAGCACCAACGCGAAGAAAAACAUUGUCGGGUAUGGUCUCCUCAUGGAGCACCUCAGUCGCGGCGAUUUGGCUCGGCUUCUCGCGUUGGAUGCGGCCAAGUCCCCCACCGAUCGCAUCCUUCAGUGGCGGCCUCACCGUCCACAUCAUCGCUCCAAAGCGUCUGUCCUCCUGGACAUUGCAUCCGCCAUCGUGUACUUGCACUCGUUUUCGCCCGCUAUUUUGCACCGCAACAUUGAAUCCAGCACCAUCCUGCUUGCAGACAACUGGGACGCCAAGCUCAGCGGCAUCAGCGCGAAUGCAACAAAACCAUCCUUGCUCAUAACUGCGCCCGAAGUCCUCAAAGGCGAUGCGUGGACGGAAAAGGCGGACGUGUACUCGUUUGGGAUCUUGAUGUGCGAAUUGGACCUAGGCCAUCACCCGUACAUGUCAACGUCGUCAUCCACGUCAGCGUUGUCAACGCGCCAACUUGCGACACUAGUCAUGGCAGACCUGCUCCAACCGACCUUCUCCCCCGACUGCCCCCCCGAGAUCCAAGACAUCGCAACCAAGUGCCUCGCGUUCGAUUCAAAGCUCCGUCCGACCGCCGUCCAAAUGGAUUUUUGGCUGCGAAAGUACCGUCGCACAGAGGAACCCGCCGUCUAGUUCGUCAGCGUUUGUUUGUUUUCCGUCAAUUACCCAAGUGCAAGUUUCGAUUUGAUAAACGAUCCCAUCCAGUGCUGAUGA